AUGUCGGAUGAUCCAGAUGCACUUGUCGUUGUCGGAUGUCAUAGAUGCACUCGGCGGUGCCAGAUGGCCCAAAUGCAUUUGUCAAUGCUAAAUGGCCCAGAUGCAUUCGUCAAUGGCAGAGGUGACCCAUAUUCAUUAGUCAAUGCUAUAUGUGAUCCAAAUACAUUAGUUAAUGUCAGAGGUGGCCCAGAUGCAUUAGUCAAUACCAAAGAUGACUUAGAUGCAUUAUUCAAUGCUAAAGAUGGUCCAGAUACAUUCGUUAAUGUUGGAGGUGGCCUAGAUACAUUAGUCAAUGCCAAAGAUGGCUCUUGCCCAAACGCAUUCUUCAAUAUUAUAGAUGGCCCAGAUGCAUUCGUCAAUACUGAAGGUGACUCAUAUGCAUUUGUUAAUGGCGGAGAUGGCUUUGAUGCAUUCUGUAGUGGUAGAGAUAACUUAGAUGCAUUAGUCAAUGUCAAAGGUGACUCAAACGCAUUAAUCAAUGUUAGAUGCGGCCCAAAUAAUAUAUCGUUCUCUCUUCUAAAUCCAAAUUUGUCUACAAGAUAA